GUUUCCGGGCCAAGCUCAAGAGGUCGCGUUCGGAGCACCAGAGAGUUCCGGGGUGCAGCGGGAGGCGGCCGGCGAGCCUGGGGCGGCGGGGAUGGACGAGGACGGGCUGCCCAUUGUGGGCUCCGGCAUUGACCUCACCAAGGUGCCUGCUAUUCAGCAGAAAAGAACUGUAGCAUUUCUAAACCAGUUUGUGGUUCACACAGUGCAGUUUCUCAACCGUUUUUCUACUGUUUGUGAAGAGAAAUUGUCAGCACUCUCUCUCCGUAUCCAACAAAUUGAAACAACACUCAAUAUUUUGGAUGCAAAGUUAUCCUCUAUUCCUGGCCUAGAAGAUGUGAAAUUUGAAGUGUCCAGUGCAAAUAUGAACAGUGUUACAAAUGGUCCUGUGGCACAAGCUACUACAGAUCAACAGACAGCUGUAUCACCUCAAUCUGGACAGAACAAUAUACAUGAAGAAGGGUUACAGAAAAUGGAGGCAGCAACAGAAAAUGUCAGAACUGUGGCCAAGGAUCCAAGAUAUGCCAGAUAUCUCAAAAUGGUACAAGUGGGUGUUCCUGUAAUGGCAAUACGAAACAAAAUGAUUUCUGAAGGCCUAAAUCCAGAUCUUCUAGAGACCCCAGAUGCCCCUGUCCCUGCCUGGGGAGAUGAUGGGAAAGCAGAAGAGAGUUCUGAUAGUGAAUCUUCAUUUAGUGACUGAAGAGACUCAUUUUGGCCUUUGGAAACCUCUGUUAAAUGCUGAUGUGUUUGGAACUUUAGCAGACAAUGGUUUUGGUGAGUCACAUGGGUGACAUGAUUUAUCAGGCAGCAUUUUUAAGAACUAAGAUCCUUCAUGUUCUCUCCCAAAAAGUUUGAACAAGCAGCGUGUUUCAUCCUGGACCUUUCCACCGUGAAAGUUAAUUGUGAGAUCCUUGCAUCUUUUAUGCUGCCUCAUUUCAGAUGCCUUUCUGAUUCUUCUGACAUCACUUUGUAAAUAAAAAGUCCAUGCCUCAAA